CACCAGCUGGGAGAAGGAGAGAGCAAUUCCAGGCCAGCUACUUUCUCAGGCUUGGCACCCACUUCUCCGCACCUCGACAGCUCAGGGUUGCUGGAUGCACCUAUGACUUCUGCCAAGGCCCGGAGCGGGGCUCCAGGUGGAAGUGAGGGCCGCUGUGCUGUAUGUGGGGACAACGCUUCAUGCCAGCAUUACGGGGUCCGCACCUGUGAGGGUUGCAAGGGCUUCUUCAAGUGCACAGUGCAGAAAAGCGCCAAGUACAUCUGCCUGGCAAACGAGGACUGCCCUGUGGACAAGAGGCGGCGGAACCGCUGCCAGUUCUGCCGCUUCCAGAAGUGCCUGGCUGUGGGCAUGGUGAAAGAAGUUGUGCGGACAGACAGCCUGAAAGGGCGGCGGGGCCGACUACCUUCCAAACCCAAACAGACCCUGGAUACCUCCCAUGUCAAUCUACUCACUUCCCUUGUGUGGGCACAUCUGGACUCAGGACCCAGCACUGCCAAACUGGACUACUCCAAGUUCCAGGAGCUGGUGCUGCCCCGUUUUGGGAAGGAAGAUGCUGGCGAUGUGCAGCAGUUCUAUGACCUGCUUUCAAGUUCCCUGGAUGUUAUCCGAAAGUGGGCAGAGAAGAUCCCAGGCUUUACUGAGCUGUCCCCAAGUGACCAGGACCUGCUGCUGGAGUCAGCCUUCUUGGAGCUCUUCAUACUCCGUCUGGCCUACCGGUCUAAGCCAGGGGAAGGGAAGCUUAUCUUCUGCUCAGGCCUGGUGCUGUACCGGUUGCAGUGUGCCCGGGGCUUUGGCGACUGGAUUGACAGUAUCCUAGCCUUCUCGCGGUCCCUGCACAGCCUGGUUGUUGAUGUCCCUGCCUGCUCUUGCCUCUCUGCUCUCGUCCUCAUCACUGAUCGGUAUGGGCUGCAGGAGCCAAGGCGGGUGGAGGAGCUACAGAACCGCAUUGCCAGCUGCCUGAAGGAGCACAUGGCAGCUGUGGCGGGUGAGACCCAGCUGGCCAGUUGCUUGUCAUGUCUGCUGGGCAAACUGCCUGAGCUGCAGACCCUGUGUACCCAGGGCCUGCAGCCCAUCUUGUACCUCAAGCUGGAGGACUUGGUGCCCCCUCCACCAAUUUUUGACAAGAUCUUCAUGGACACACUGCCCUUCUGA